CAAAACCUGGGCCUAGAACGACUACAGAAGAGACUGCUUGUGGGUUGACAGAAAUUUCAGUUAUUUAUGAGUUAUUUAAUGAACCUGAGGAGGCACUGAAACUCCUGCUCAAGGCAAUUAAACUUUUGGAGGAUAAACCAGGAUAGCAAAGUACGAUUGCUGGCAUUGAAGCACGGAUGGGAGUUAUGUUCCAUAUGGUUGGAAGAUAUGAAGAGGCACACAACUUUGAAAAUGUUGUAGCAAAACUCAGGGCUGGCAGUGAGAGGAAGUCAACGUUCUUUCGGGUUGUUUUGAAUCAGAUAGGAUUGUCUUCUGUUCAGUUAUUCAAAAUAGAUGAGGUUGCUGAAUUCUUUGAGGAAGCAAGACGAAUUCUGGAACAGGAGUGUGGUCCUUGUCAUCAAGAUACCCUUGGUGUCUAUAGCAAUCUUGCAGCAACUUAUGAUGCAUUGGGAAGGGAAAGAAGCUUUCUGGAAGCAACUUAAUCUUACAGAGUAACAAGCAAUUUAUAAAUGUCUUGUAGUAUUUGUUACUUAAUCUUACAUAGUAACAAGCAAUUUAUAAAUGUCUUGUAGUAUUUGUUAUGAGAGAAUUUUGUAUUAUUUUUUGAAUUCUAGCAAAGUUGCUGGCCGUUUCUCUCCCAAAGUAAAUCAUUCACCUAGUUUAUAGAAGCAUUUUGUUUUCCUGUUUCAACAUUAUAACACAACUUCAGUUCUUGAGAAAUAGUCUCUCUACCUUUCAAGGUAGGAGUAAGUUGUGUGUACACUCUAUCCUCAGAUCACACUUGUAGGAUUACAUUGGAUAUGUUGUUGUUUUAUAACUUUAUGAAGGUUUGUCUGCAUUUUGAAGGCGAUGUAAAACUUUUCGUACGCCGUUUUCCGAGGAUAAUGUGGAAACAGAAAAUCUAAGUAGGAA